ACCGCUUCGGUUAACCCAUCGGCGAGUGGGAACGAUGCCGCGAAGUCAGUCUCGGGUGUUCGAGGAUGGGGGGGAGGACGAGAAUCGGAAGGCGCAGAAGAAGUUUUGCGUGUACAAGUACAUCCGCGUGGGACAGAAUCUCGGCGAGAGAUUCCGCGACAAUCGCAUGUUGAAGUGCAUUUUCUGCGGCCACGAGUUCCACGGCAACCAGUUCGUGGCGGCGCGCCAUUUCCGCAAGGGCAAGGGAUGUCCGGAAGUGACAGACGAGGCACUUGUCGACAUCCACUAUAAUAGUGAGUACACGAUGUCCGAGAAGUUCCUAGAGCGGAUCAAGCGAUUUGAGGAGCUUCACGGUGCAGCGCCUGCGAUGGAUCCACGACGGGACGAGGGGGGGGAGGGAGGGAUAAGGGACGCGGAGGAGCAGAUCGACAUGGACGACGACGUCGAGGAGGUUGCACGGGCGGGGCCGUCGGUGAGGGAGCGAGGGAAGGGCGUUGUCAGCGAGUCGGGGGGGCAGCAGGGCCAGUACUUUGCAUCGGCGCACGUGUCGACUCGUACACGGGCAGGUGCGGAUACGGCUGAGGCGGGUGCGUCUGCGGGGAAGAGGAAGGAGAGAGAGGAGGGGGACAGACCGACGGCAACACAAAAGAGGAUGAGACAGAACACGAUCACGGAGUCAUUCUCUUCAAAGUGGCAGAUGGAGUUCAAGAAGAGGUGGUUGUGGUUUGUGUACAAUCAGCGCCUGGCGUUCAACGUCUUCCGGAGCGAGCCGUGGUUGGACGUCGUCCGACACUUUAAGGACUUGCCGGGGCCAGUGAAGGUGUUGUGGCCUUCAGAGAAUGAGAUCGCAGACAUAGAGACCAUUGUCCACACGGCGGACGAUGUGGGAGCUGAUCUCGCGGAGGUCAGGGCUCCUUUCUAUGUCACGGGGGCCACCAUUAUGUCAGACGGAAGGGAGGAGGGUGAGCGGGAUCGGGCGCCUGAUGUGUUGGCGCGCUGGAUCAAGGUGUUCGAUGACUUCUCCCCUAAGUGGGUGAACACCAUCUGCACCGACUCCGCCGGCGUACGUCGCCGCGGCGAACAUGCUCCAGGAGCCCCAGCAGAGGCCGGAGCAUCGACGGAUCGCGUGACUCCCAUGCGCAUGAGGUCAGCUUUGGAGAGAACGGUGGAUGGCGAUACUUGGGGUAUGGUCCCUUGGGACCAUUCCGUUCGUCAUUUGGCUAGGUGGGUCAGGUGGCAGGUGCGACAUGGCAGUUGGUGGGAUUCCAUGGGCAUCUUGUUCCGUAUCAUGGAGCCUGUGUACGACUUGCUGCGCAGGUUGGAUCGCGGAGGGCUGCACAUGUCGCGGGUGGUUGAGUGGACACAGGAUCUGGCCCGCCAGGUAGCAGAGGAGGUUUGUGCACUUCCGACAGAUCUUGCACACUACAUUGUGCAGAGGGUGCAGGCUCGAUGCCCUCACAUGCUGGAGCCGGCGCACGCCGCUGCUCACCUUCUCUGUCCCAGCCGGAGGGACUUGCAGUACUUUGAGGGUGUGGUCAGCGACUACGACGCGAGCUUGGUGUGGGAGGCGGAGACUUACAUCUUGUCGCAGACAGGGUUCAGUGUGGCGAGCCGCGACUACGAGACCGCAUAGUCGGGGAUUGGCCAUUGUCCUCUGGGUUGCUCUAGCACGACAUCAUCCACCGCUCUUCCCACUUCGAUGGAGCAGCUUCAUCGACAGCCAGCCGGUGCAGAUCGAUUGCAGAGAUUGGUGAGGGGCCCAAGACAGCGAUUGGAGGACAUAUUGGAGGGCGGUCCUAUGCCGGUGCAGGGUGACGACGGAGACAGACAGGGGUUGGUUGGUGGAGAUGGUGGUGCGCUGGCCGGCGGUGGAGGCGGUGUCGAGGUUGAUGCGGCGGUUGAGGGGAUACCGAUGGGCGGCGGAGGCGGUUUCAGUGAGUUUGGCGACAUGGGUAUGCCCCCGGGAGAGAGCGUGGGUCUCGCCCGAGGAGAGAGCGAGUCCCGUGGGGACAUUAGUGUCGGUAUGCAGGACUUACUGGGACAGAUUAGCUUCGCGUACCCGAGUAGUUUAUCCCCUGCCAUGCGCGCAGAGGUGAUGUUGGGGGCAGAGGGGGAUGAGGACCGGACACCCCCUAGAGAGAUAUCUGCAGAGAGGCUAGAUAGGCUUGAUAGUCGUCGAGCGUGCCUCAUGGCACAGAGGGACCCCAGGACGCAGGAGCUCGCCCGUCUUGCGGCCGAGGACCGACGGAGGCAGCUGGGGACAUUUACGCCGGCGUCCGUUGACGUGGGGCCAGCUGCCCACAAGGAUACUCCGGCAGAGGUUCACGACACGACGCAGCGGGAGGCGGCUUCGGUCGAGGUUUCGAGUACGGGAGUAGAUGUUCAGGAGGGGACGCACGAGAGCGGGUUGGCAUCGACAGAGGAGCCACGUUCGGAGUCGGCGCAGCCUCUUGCCGUCCAGCUGAGGCCCGAGGAGACAUUGCAGGAGGUCGCGGGCGUGACUCUGCCCGCGGGUUCAGUUGAGGGUGCCAUGCAUAUGUCCCCGGGUCUGGAGGACAUACAGACGGGGCAAUCAGUGGGCGUUGAUGAUAUUUGCCCAUCGACACUGGCGGAGGGGAUAGCGCCGACCACUGGGGGGGACGGGGCGGUAGCGGGGGCCGUUGGUGUUGGCGGGUCGGGGGUGCCGUCCGCGGCCGAUCCGAUGUCCACGUCUGGCGGGGGAGACCCCGCACAGGUGGACAGGCGUGACGCGGACGGACAGGAGAUGCCACAAACUUUGGUGGUUCGCACUGCUGUGGGGCCAGUGGUGCCACAUCAGGCAUCGUUUUUGGAGAAUUAUAGGCGUCCUGCACAUGGCGGUGGCCCGAUCGAGGAGCGACGUGUAGGCAGGGGCGCGUGCAUACCCCCGGUCCCUACUUUUGCGCCGUCACAGACGAUGCCGGAGAUUAGGCAUGUGGCUACAUGUCGAGGUAGCCUCCCUUUUGGUUUUAUGACCGCUGAGGAGUUGGAGGACCACGGCAAGAGGGAUUUGACGGAGAUCGACCAGCGCAUUUUGAGGUCAAUCCCGGAGGAGGGGAAGCUGCCUCACGUGCAGGACUUAUCUUGGGGGCUAGCCAGCCCCAGCUUACCUUCUGGGUGUUCCAUCGCAGCGCCAUCUGGCGGGGCUGCAGGGGGCUUACCUUCUGGAGGUUCCGUCGCAGUGGCAUCGGGCGGGGCCGCAGGGGACUUACCUUCUGGAGGUUCGGUCGCAGCGCCAUCUGAAGGCGCCGCAGGGCCUUCGUCACCCUUGACCGCAGCUCCGAGGGAGGGCGACAAUCUCACCCCGAGGUCGGUUGCCCGUAGACGGAGAGACACUACCCAGCGUGCGCGGGAGUUGCUGGACACCAUGUUGUUCGGUCGCACAGAUCGACCAUUGAGUGAGACGAGACGGGUGACAACGGCGAGUGUCGGUCGUCAGCCAGGUUUGAGAGGGGUUUCCACGAGCGCGAGACGUCGAGAUGUUGUAGCUUCAGGGUUUGGCGGUAGAGGUGGUGGUGGCGGUGGCAGUGGUGGCGACGGCGACGGCAGACGUGAGGGCGCAGGCGGUGCCACGACAAACGUAUUGGAUCCGCCGCGGACGUACGGUUUGAGAGAGGCGUCGAUUAUUUUGGAGGAGCCUGAUGUUGUUACACGACUGAGGCAGCCCCGACACGUGCCCUUUGAUCAACGCCAGGAGGGGGAGACUUCAGGGACUGACGGUCUACCUAUGGCACGCGAGUCACGCCGGCGUGAUGACCUAGCAGCAGCAGCCAUCAGGACGGUGAGAGGCAGGAGAGUCAUUAUGGACGACGAUCCCGACGAGCUUCCCAUCGCUCCCGAGCCUUCCGCUGGCGAACGCGGCGGCCAGCGUCAGAGAGAUCGAGGACGUGGCAGUGGUUGGUCCCACGGACGAAUUUCUCAUCGGUCCGAGCGAGAUCCGCGUGCGCACGACGAUUGUUGACGGAUUACGGGCUUGCGUUUUCGUGACUUUCGCAGUGUACUUUAGUUUUUUGUUAUCCAUCACAGACGUAAUGUCCCGUGAG